UCUAUGUGUGCAGAGUAUAGAGAUGUACUCGUGUUCGCAGCGCCGAAAGGUGUUCUGCACUUGGUUUUUUAUCUGCAUUUGUUAGAUAAUUCAAUAUACCUAUAAACAUUUUUUUAAAAAACUUUAUCUACAAACUGAUAAUAAUCGUAUUGAAAUAAACCGACAAUAAAAAGGGAUAGUACUGUGGAAAUUUUGUGCAAAAUCACAUUCGAUUUGCAGAUGGUCCGUAGAAGAAGAAGAAGUCAUCAUCCGAUUUCCAUCAAUUAUAUUUAUAGUAGUGUCUGAAAGUUUAUUUUUACGUUUGGAAGUCGACAAAAAAAGUAUCAUGCACUCGUUCAUCAGUUACAGAGAAUAACACACCUCAAAAUUGGAAAAUUGGAAAUAUAUUGCUGUUGACUGUUGAUGUGGUGAAAAACUUAUUUAGAGGUGAUGUGACCAAAUCUUGGGUUUUUAUAUCAAUUGCAACAUUAAUUGUAAAUUAAGAAAAAUAAUAGAAAAAUAAAUAUAUAAAAGAAAAGAAAAUUAUGGAGUCAUCGGUAGCUGGACGAAGACGAACUGCCACAAGGCAUUCUGCUGAAGAUCAAGCUUUAGAUCAAAUUGCCAAAGAGGCAGAAGCGAGAUUGGCAGCUAGACGACAAGCGAGAGCCGAAGCUAGAGAAAUUCGAAUGCGUGAAUUGGAGAGACAGCAAAAGGAAGCUGAGGAAAACGCAGAUCGUGUCUACGACAUGUGUACAGCCGACAGUAAUCGCGCAAUGAGAGUUACGCCAGAUCCAAUCAGAACAUCUCGUCUACUUGCAAAUUCAAAUAAUUUUCAGUCUAGUCGAAGAUCAUCUGAAGAUUCAUUGGAGGAUGCUGGCCUUGGUAGAGAUCCCAGGGUGGAACUGAAGGAGUUUGAGGAGAAAUUUCGAAAAGCAAUGAUCGCAAAUGCACAAUUGGACAAUGAGAAAUCGUCUUAUGCUUAUCAGGUGGAUUUAUUGAAGGAUAAAUUAGAAGAAUUAGAGGAGACAGUUGCGCAAUUGCGAAGAGAAUUGAGAGAAAAGAAUCGUGACGCUGAGCAUUUAAAACGCGUUAGUCAAAGGUUGAAGGAAGAUUUCGAUAUGUGUAGAGCUCAAUUAAUAGAAAGAGAUACAUUAAUUCAGGAAAAUGGUUUAGUAAUAGUUGAGGAUGAAGGAAGUGACAGUGAAGAAGUGGAGGGAGAAAAUGGUCUUCGUUCAAGAAAAAGAGUUUUAGUUAGUACAGAAGCUGCCGAAGUAUUGCAGAAUGCCGGAGAAGGAUCUUUAGAUGUCCGGUUAAGAAAAUUCGCGUCGGAGAAAAAGGAAUUGCAGGACGAAAUUCGACACCUAAGGUUAGAAGUUGAAGAGGCACGAAAUCGUAUGAGGCCUGAAAGAACUGCAGGUUUGAUGUUAGGUGGAUUUUCAGAUUCAGAGGAUAUUCAACGCGAGGCCAAUAAAUUGAUCGCUGACUAUAAAUUUAAACUACAAAAAGCCGAGCAAGAUAUGUCGACACUUCAGGCGACAGUCGCCAGGCUAGAGAGUCAAGUGAUUCGUUACAAAUCAGCCGCUGAAGCAUCGGAAAAAGCCGAAGACGAAUUAAAAGUGGAAAAAAGAAAACUACAAAGAGAGUUCCGAGAGUCACAAGGACGUGUCGAGGAACUCGAAACUGCCAACACCCAUUUACAACGAAGAUUAGAUAAGUUGAAAAAUGCAAGAUCUACUCUUUUAAAAGAAAUUUAAUAAUCAGUAAAAAUUGUUUUUUAAAAAUUGAUGAAAAUAUUUAAAACAUGGAACUUCAAGUUCAGUAUAUAUAUAUGGAAAAAAGAAAAUAUAUAUGUACACAGACUUAUAAACUGGUUGUAUCGUAAAUUAUAGAUAAGAGGAAAUUUU